AGUAGGCUCACUCAAUGCUGAGUGGGGAAUUAUACUCUCUAGUCUCUAUUCUCCCCGUUCAUCACCAUAACCUACAGCGUAAUACCAUACCAGUAUAUAUAUUACUACUACUUGUAAUAGCUUGCCUCACCAUGCUCGCCCUCCUCAUAUACGCCAGUCUGGCACUCAUCGUUCUGGCCGCUUGGGUUUCCGGUUCCCUUGACCCUUGCCAGAAAUGGUUGCAAGAGGUCGUCCUCGCCAUGAUGGGAGAGACCAAGGCAUCUUAUAGCCUAAAGAAGAGCUUGACGGGCAAAAAGCUCAUCGAAGAGGAGAAUUUGAGCAAGAUACAAAACAACCUCGGAAACAACCUCGGGGGACUCUUUGCAACGGGUGGUCCUGGCUCGGGCCUUGGGGCUGCUGUUGGGAAGGCUCUGUGAUAGUACUGCACAUAUUGAAUUGUUGGGCCUUUGGUUUUCGAAAAAAAAAAAUUCCUGUACUGUAACUAACUGUUUAUAAUGGUCCUCUCUCGUUCUUAUACCCUGCCAAUAAUUUUAUCAAAGCGUUUGAAACUGGGCUAGGCAUUUGAAGCUUUCCGCCUUUAGGCUUUAACGUUAUGUGCAGCACAAUACUUAUCAUAAUGAAUGUCCUUGCUCGCAGAUAAUGAAUAUUUUAUUGCAACCCGUUGAGUACCUUCUCCAUUAUGGCAUACUGAGGAAAUGUAUGUCCUUGUCUGAGUCACUAAAGAAGAUUCAUAUGUAACAUCACGCCUAGGGACCCAACCCCGGAUCUACAAAGAUGGAUUGUAGAAAAUUACUCAGGAUAGACUAGCGGGCCGCUAUAAAUAACUUAGAAAGUUAGCUAAUUCUCCAGGCAUGACCCGA